AUGACGGAGCAAAUUAUUCAAGCUUGUAAUGCUAGUGAAGAGCAAAACCAACAGGGAGUUUCUAUAAGUACGCAGACAGAAGAACCGAAAGAUAUGAACCAACCCGGAGCUUCUAUUAGUACGCAGACAGAAGAACUGAAAGAUACAAAACAAGGAGCUUCUAUUAGUACGCAAACAGAAGAACCUACGAACCAACAAGGAGCUUCUAUUAGUACGCAGACAGAGGAACCAAAAGAUACGGAACAAAAAAGAACUUCUAUUAGUACUCAAACAGAAGAACUGAAAGCUACGAAUCAACAAGGAGCUUCUAUUAAUGUUCAGACGGAAGAACCGAAAGCUACGAAUCAACAAGGAGCUUCUAUUAAUGUUCAGACAGAAGAACCGAAAGAUACGAACCAACAAGGAGCUUCUAUAAUUACGCAGACAGAAGAAUCAAAAGGUUUGAGCCAAAGCAUCAACAAUAAUGUGGAAAAUAAGAAAGUGACAGUGGAAGACGUAGGGUCAGAAGAAACUUUAGUAAAAAAUAAUGGUCCAAAUGAUAACUCGAAUGAUACGAAUUCUAACGAUACGAGUAAUGCAACAGAAGACUUUUUAGAUUUGCAUGAUGAAGGGCCAAAAGAAGAAAAUGAGGAUCUUCUUUAUGAUCCAUCAAGACCAAUAACACAUCGUAUAGAAGAAGCUAUUCAAAAAUUUAGAAAGAACCGUAAAUUCACCCCAAUUCGUAAUCAGGUUUUCACCUCUUAUCUUCGUUUUGGCGGGAUUAGUACGGGUCAAAAACAAUUUUUGAGUCAAGAUGGGGCUGAUAAAGAAGAUGAAGAUGCACAAGAUAUUGCAGCGCGUCGUAGUACAGAUUUCGUUGAAGACGAUGAAGAUAUGGAAGUAGACUUUACGUAUACGGUUCAAGUCUACUUGUCUGGCUUCUUGAUAGAUAAAUCUGGUUAUGUUCAGAUGGACCAAUUUCGUGAAGGACCUCAGGUCGUGAUUUCAUUUUUAAAUUAUUUGUGUAAUCGUAAUGUAUGUCCAGAAUAUGAAGCUGAUAUGCGAAAUGCUUUACGAAUCGCUAGCAAAGCAGCGAUCGAAUUACCGAACUGUAAAUCACUUGCACAUAGUGCUCCAGGAAAAUUCAACAAAGCAUGUUCUUUGUUAUUUGGAGGAGAAUUAUAUGGUGUGCUUGAUGAUCCUUGGAAUGGAGAAGAUAAGGUAGCAUCAAUGAUUGGAAUUUCAAAAAGGGAGGGAACGCAACUUAUUAAAUAUGUAUUUGGAGCCAAUGCAUUUGAAGAGUUGAAACUUGUGGAAGAAGAUUCUAAAUAUACUUUGACGUGUGAAAUUAUUGAGGUGGUGCCAUACUCAAAAGCUAUUGGAGAAAUUUCUGCGGGGAAUAACAAUGAAUCACCUAAUCCAAAAAACGAAGCACAACAAGCGAAUGAUGAAAAAUCAGCGGUGAAUAGCAAUGAAUCACCUAAUCCAGAUAACGAAGCACAACAAGCUAAUGAUGAAAAAUCAGCGGUGAAUAGCAAUGAAUCACCAAAUCCAGAUAACGAAGCACAACAAGCUAAUGAUGAAAAAUCAGCGGUGAAUAGCAAUGAAUCACCUAAUCAAAAUAACGAGGCACAAACUAAUGAUGGAAAUUCGGCGGUGAAUAGUAAUGAAUUAACUAAUUCAAUCGACGAGUCAAUUAAAAAAGAAACAAGUUUCACGAAGAUAUUUUUACGUGAGCGUGACGUAAAAAAAGCGGAACCUUUUUAUAUCACUGUCAAUCCCGAAUUAGGAGGAUUUGCUACGCCCGGAAUGAUUAUCACCGCAGAUUUUUAUAAGUUAUCUAACGGGUUUUGGUAUUGGGAUAAAGUAACAAAUAUUUUACAAAAUAAGAUUAACUUAUUGAAAAUGUCUCACCUGGGAAAUACAAAUUCUUCUUUGAAUGUCUCUUCUUUAAGGGAAUUGGCUAGAAAACAAUUGACCACUGUUCUAGAUUCAGUUAGAGGGAAAAAAUGUUUAGUAUUGGAUCCAAAUAUUAGUGCACCUUUGAGUUUGAUAGCUGAAUUUUCUUUAUUAAAGGAACAUGGCGUAGAAAAGGUGCAUUAUCUACAACAAGGACCUUUAGAAACCGAUCUAAAAAGUUUGAUUUAUAUUUGCCGUCCCCAAUUGAAUUACAUGAAAUAUAUUGCUGGUCAUCAUCAAAAGAACGAUCCCUCAUCAGUUUAUGAAUACAAUCUUUUCUUUGUUCCUCGAAGAACUAAGAUUUGUGAAAGGGUUUUAGAGGAUUCCGGUGUAUUUGGAGAUAUCCUUUACGUUUUCUAUCAUCUAGAUUUAAUACCGUUUGAGGAUGAUUUACUGUCUUUAGAGUUGGAUAAUACCUUUAAAGAGCUCUACUUGGACGGCGAUUAUACUUCAAUUUAUUAUGCGGCAAGAGCACUUAUGAAACUCCAGACAAAAUUCGGUCUUUUCCCGAGAGUAAUUGGAAAAGGGGAUUGUGCUAAACACUUAGCCGAUAUGUUACUUCGUAUGCGUAAAGAAGUUGCAGUAGACGAUCCAUCGUCCACAUUAUCAGUAUCUCAGAGCAUUGAUUCUCUAAUUAUUAUAGAUCGAUCCGUUGAUCUCAUUACUCCUCUUUGCACACAAUUAACUUAUGAAGGAUUAAUAGAUGAAGUGUUUAGCAUAAGGGCUUCGCAUGUAGAGGUUGAUUCAUCUAUUGUGGGUCCUGCCUCACAAAAAUCAGUUGCUACGACAUCAGCAACUACAUCGACGACUACUACCACACCGGCACAACCUUCGCCUCCACCCCCUGCUAAGAAAAAAAAGAUUGCACUUAACUCUACCGAUAAACUAUUUGUUCAGUUGAGAGAUAUGAAUUUUGCAGUAGUAGGCGGAGUUCUUAACCGAGUUGCAAGAAGGAUCAAUGAAGAUUAUGAAGGUAGACAUCAAGCUAAAACAGUUGCACAGAUUCGUGAAUUUAUAAAUAAGCUAGGAGGGCUUCAAUCUGAACAUCAAUCAUUAAGGACUCAUACUGGUAUAGCUGAAGAAAUUAUGGCGUACACCGUUACACCUGAAUUUAACAAAGCUCUUGAGGUGCAACAAAACUUAGCUGCAGGAAUAGAUAUAAACUUACAAAAUGACCAUAUUGAAGAAAUGAUCAACCGGCAAGUACCAAUCGUGCAAGUGUUAAGAUUGUUGUGUCUACUGAGCAUUGUAAAUGGUGGAUUAAAGCAGAAGAGCUUUGAAUUUUUUAAAAAAGAAAUUUUACAGUCUUAUGGGUUUGAACAUCUUCAAACACUCUUGAAUUUGGAACGCUUAAAUAUGUUCGUUAAACAAGGGUCCACUAAUAAUAAGUUUAGUAGCAUCAGAAAACAGCUUCAACUAAUUGUUGAUGAGGUUGAUGAACAUAACCCACAGGAUAUAUCUUAUGUAUAUUCAGGAUAUGCUCCGUUGAGCGUACGCUUGAUACAAUGUGUAACUAAAGGUUGUCCAACAUCCAUUAAUCCCGUGGUUACUGGCGCGGCUAAUAAUGUUGCUGGGACUGGCGUUUCUACUAGAAGCAUCGGAUGGAAAGGGUAUGAAGAUGUUCUGAGAAUGUUACCAGGAAAAUCAUUUGAUGAAGUUCAGAGACUUGAUGAUGGAACUAUUCGUUCAAAAAAAUUGAUCCAGGGACAGCAACCACGCGUUACUCUCAUAUUUUUCUUAGGAGGUUGUACAUACACUGAAAUUGCAGCAAUAAGAUUUAUGGCACAGCAAGAAGAAGGUCAACGAGAAUAUAUAAUUGCUACAACUCAAAUUAUCAAUGGCAAUUCAUUAUUAAAUUCAAUCAUGCAAAAGAUAGAUCACUUGGGUCAUUCUACAAGUGGAAGUUCUUAA